AUGGACGUUUUACUGCAUGCACAUUUAUUAUUGGCCUCCAAUGUUGAGGCGUUGGAAGGAUUCAAUGUUAGCGAACCAGGCUUGAAUUAUGCCAGAAAUAUAUUGAGCGGCGAUUCAUACUUAGUUGUCGAGAACCUAUUCGAACAAACAGGCAAGAAGAUCGAAGUCGAGAACCCAAGUUCAGAAGAUUCUACUUUACAUGCCAUAUCUCAGUUCAUUUCGGAAAACUUCCAGAGCAAUUUUAGUGCAUCAUUAUUAUUAGCCAUCGCUUUAUUACAAUGCUUUAUCCAAAACAACUUCACUGGUCCAUCAACCCCAACAGACUUGUUUAACAUUAUGUUCCAAACUUCCGAAAGAGAACUAGUAAAUGAAGCCUUACUACAAAGUUUGGCGGUAUCUGGUCAACCUGCAUACGAACUAAUGGACAACCCAGAAUGUAUUGUUUUAGCUUUGAUAUUGCUCGAGAAGAUCACCAACCAACCAAGUCUUUUUGACGUUUUGAGAAAUGGCGAAGAGGUUGCUAUCCCCGAAAUAUCAGGGACUGAGACGUCAGGUCUACUCUCUUCAGCUCACUGGUGGAGACAAAGAGCUAUAUCUCUGCAUCUUUCCUUGUUGCCUGAGCCCUCUGGUCAUCAACCAAUCGUUGCUUCAGCCAUUAUGAGUUCAAUCGAUAUUUGUCACUCAAUCACCAAAGAUCUUCCAGCUGAUGUUACAGACGCUUUUAAGAAAAAUCUUUACACUAUUUACUACUUAGAAAAUGUUAAGGUCUCAUUAGCAAUUAAUACUGAACACUUAUGCCUUUCCAUCUUUAACAAAAGUGAAAAAUUAACAGAUUUCCAAUUUGUUUUGACUGGUGCUCGUGCAAAGAGAACCAAGUUUCAACAAACUGGACACGCUGGGUUAAUCAUCCUCGCUCAAUCAAACACCCAUGAUGAAAAAGAUGCUGUUUCAUCAAUUACUCCUGAAAGUUUCGAGCUAAAUUCUGAACUUUUACUGGAAAGACCACAUUUUGACUCUAUUGGCUCUGAGCCUUUGGAUGAGCAAAUUGUUAAGAAACAAAAAUUCGAAAAUAAUGGUUUAGAAGAUGAGAGACUUUUACCACUUGCCAUUCGUCAAGAAAGUAUUCCUGAAGUAUUGAAAAGUCUAGAUCCAAAUGACCAACCACUUCUUUCUAAUUACGAUUCUAUUCAGUUACUUUUACGUUUAUAUACCAUUAGACAGACCUCCCCUGCUAAAGAUCCCUUGGUUGAAGAAGAACUGUCAGCAUUAAUUAGCAGAAUUGUUUAUCAAGAUGGUCCAAAAAAUUGGACUAUUUUCUCACGUUCGUUAUGGGAAAGAUCUAUUUUAGAAACCAACAAAGCUAAAACAAUUGAAAGAGGUUUGUUACAAAUGCAAUCAUUAGUCGAAGAGUUGGGUUUGAAAAUUCAAACUAGAUUGGUGCCACAAAAUGAGGAUGACAUCUCACAAUCCCCAGUUCCUAGAUUGAAGUACAUCCAUCAACUACCAUUUAUUCCACGUUGGAACCUAGACAGUCAGUUGGCGGAAAAAUAUAUGUCUUUGGGUUUGCUCAGAUCUGCUGUCGAAAUUUACGAUAGAUUGCAUAUGUGCUGUGAAUCAGCACUGUGUUACGCUGCUGUUGGUGAUGAAAAGAAUGCUGAAGAGAUUCUUGUCGCAAGAAUAGAAGAAAACCCUAAGGAUGCUAGAGCCUACUCUAUUCUUGGUAAUAUUAGACAGGAUCCAUCAUUAUGGGAAAAAAGUUGGGAAAUUGGCAAAUAUGUCAAUGCAAAGAAUUCUCUUGGUAGAUAUUAUUAUAACCCACCUGCUAAUUCUGGAAUAACAAGAGACUACAGCGUAGCACUUAAGCACUUGAAUGACUCAUUAAGACAAUACCCAUUGAGUUUUGAAACGUGGUACUUCUAUGGUUGUGUUGCAUUAGAAUGUGGUAAAAUGGAAGUAGCCUCAGAAGCAUUUUCAAGAUGUGUUUCUUUGGACGAAUCUCACCCAAUGUCGUGGUCUAAUUUAAGUGCUGCUUAUGUUGAAUUAGGCAAAUUAAAGGAAGCACACAGUUGUCUGAAGAGAGCUGUUGCAUCCGAUUCGCAGAAGAAUUGGAGAAUUUGGGAAAAUUACAUGCUUGUUUCAGUUAAAUUGGAUGAAUGGGAUGAUGUAUUAUUAGCCUGUAAGCAACUAGUACACAUUAAGAGAGAUAAAGUAGGUGAAGGUUCUAUUGAUUUACCAAUAGUCGAAAAAUUAGUGGAAUUAUUAGUUUCCACUGAUUAUCGUGAAGAUACAAAGCAGCAAAAUCACUUCCAGAGAACAUGUAUAGAGUUUGUUUGUGUCACCUUACCCUCUGUCAUUACUACAAGUGCCAGAUUAUGGAGCUUGGUCGCUAGAGUGGAGCUAUGGCGUAGAAAGCCUUGGAGUUCUUUAGAAAGCCAUGAAAGAAGCUUUAGAGCCAUUUCUCAUAAUCCGGAUUUAGAAAUUGAUGAAAAGAUCUGGAAUGAAACUGUCGAAGCUUGUGAAGAUUUAAUUGCAGCCUAUGAAUCUCUAGGGGAAAUGGAGGGUAGACAUGGAGAGAGCAGUUUAGUAUGCAGAGAUUGGAAAUACAAGGCAAGAUCUACAAUCAAGUCAUUGAUGAGUAGAGGAAAAGGUAGAUGGGAGGACUCAGAUGGUUGGGAAAGACUCAUGGAGGCCAGAAGACAACUUUAA